CAGGAAGGUUUUCAUCUUCCUAUGUUGUACAUUAUUUUGGGCGCCUCUGUGUUUGUGCUACUCCUAUUGGGCUAUCUUUUUCUUGGUGUCUCUCGCAAAUCAACUGUUCUAAUUACAGGAAUAUGCGAUUCCGGGAAAACUGCCCUUUUCGUUAUGCUUGUGCACAAAAAAAAUGCGAUGACAUUCACUUCACUUGCUCCAAAUACUGAAGACUACAAACUAAAAACUAGGUCUUCAAGAACUUUAAAGAUUGUUGAUGUUCCUGGUCUCGAGAAAUUGAGAUUUGAAUUAAUUUUCGUGGUUGAUUCGUCGAAGAUUCAGGCACUCCUAAAGGAUACUGCUGAGUACUUGUUUAAUCUAAUGACGGAUGGAAUUCUCGCUCGAAACAGAACUCCUUUUCUCAUUUUGUGCAAUAAGAACGAUGUGCCCGGUGCUAAGAAUGCCGUUGCAGUAGAAAAAAUGACGACACUCUGCCGCACAAAAGCAGGUGGACUUGCUGCCUUAGAUGGCCAUAACGAACGCCAGACCGUCCCUAUUGUGCGCCCAGAUGAAGCGUUUUCGUUUGCUAAGAACAAAUUACACCGUGUCACCUUUGCUGAUUGCUCUGCUGUUUCCACGGAUAUCAGUCCCGUCCGCCUCUGGCUCGAGCGUCUGUAA